AUGGCUGAACCGGAUGUGAGCGAUACCAAUACUGCAUUAAAAAAAAGUGGGGAACCUGGGAUGGAACUAGAAAAUAAUAAGGCGACCAGUGGGGCGGUGGUUACCGAAGCAGGGUUUAAUACACGCAAAUUAUGGCCUGACCUGAUAAAACUGCCAUCCAACAGGUGGGUGUACUCAUGCAAGGAGAUAGUGGACCGGCUGGGCACCGAUCCGAAGGCUGCGCAGCUGACGAAGAAGAAAAUGGAGAAGUGCCUGAUGUACUUUUACAUGAUCAAGAAGAACCUGCGGCUGUUCGACCACACAUACACGGCAGCGUGCAUUCUGUUCUUUCGGUACUGGUACAUAUACGAGCUGCCACAGUCGCUGCAAGACUGCAUUCAUCUCUCGCAGGCCAUUCUGGCCACAGCGUGCAAGGCAAUGGAGAACAACAGACCACUAGAUAUGUACGUGAAGGCCACCUGCGAGUUCAUGAUGAAGGAUCUGGCACAGCAGCAGCGCGGGCGGCAGAAUAUGGAUAAGCUCAAGUGGGAUGUGCGUGACAAGCUGGUGAGGUACGAGAAACAGCUUCUGUGCCAGUUUGGAUUCGAUCUAGACCUCCAGAACCCAAAAGAGCUGAUCGAAGAAAUAUUUAGCGGUUUCUAUCGGUUCAAUCGUGAUAACAUAAUGGACGAGGAGUUCAAGAAGCUGUUCCCAAAGAUCCUAGCUGAGGCGCGAAACUUCAUUAUCCAGGCCGGCACGCAGCCAGUUUCACUCCUCUGCGACGGAUACACUUUCACAGCACUGGCACUGCUGUUUGCUGGCUUGCAGUACAAACGGAGUACAGCCCCUAACUUCCGAUUCCCUCGACAUUUCUUCCAAGAGCGAUUUCCUAUUCGCAUCACAGGUCCCAUGAUAGUGAAUCUAUUCACUGAUUAUAGGAUACUGGAGGACAAUUUCUUUGACCUCAAGAGCAACAAGGGCGAUAAGCUAGAAGUCACCAACGAAGAGGUGCAAAGCCUAAUAGACGAGGAACCCACCGAUGAAACAGUUCCUAACCCCUACGACUACGAGCUCAUCAAGGACGGCGUAUGCUCACAAGAGUUUUUGGACCACACAGAAAGUAAAUUGAAGGAACUUACAGAGAAAAUUAUUAGUGAAAGUCUGAAGAAAAGGCCAGUAAUAGACGACAAUACUCCCAAGGACGAUACGAAAAGGGUGAAAAUGUGA